CAUCGUGGUCUCUUAAGAGUAUUUGCCUGUCCAUGGAAAGAUAAACUGCUCCGGAGUCGAGGGCAAAUCAGAGUAGUCCUACUAAUUUUGCAACUGCGUUUUAAAUGUUUCGUGCUUUGACGCUGUCUGCAAAUAGAGAUACACAUAUAUGAGGAGAGUCGCCUUUAAUGGUGUUGCGGUUAUUCGCUUGUUCCCCGGAGCGUCGCGGGCAGAGAGUGAGGCAGUCUGCAGACAGUACAGUCCAAGAGCGCAGGGGCGAGGCGAACAGCGGAUGUCCUAGGUCGGCCGAAAAAAAAACUUUUCUGAGCAGGAUAACCAACAGAAAGCGAUCAAAGAAGGCUGUUCUAGGUGCUGGUGAAGGUAGCAUCAGGUGUGUUUCCAUAUAGAACCGAUUGUUUCUUUGGGCUUAGUCGACAGCUACAGACGAAGCCGAUUGAAGAUGGCGUCAGUGAGCGACCCUCGCCAGCAAACGCAGCCGCAGAAGGACGCGGCCGAUCAGAAUUUCGACUACAUGUUUAAACUGCUCAUCAUAGGCAACAGCAGCGUGGGAAAGACCAGCUUCCUCUUCCGAUAUGCAGACGACUCAUUCACCUCCGCCUUCGUCAGCACCGUGGGAAUCGACUUCAAAGUCAAAACUGUGUACCGCAAUGAGAAACGCAUCAAGCUCCAGAUCUGGGACACUGCGGGUCAGGAGAGGUAUCGCACCAUCACCACAGCCUAUUACAGAGGAGCCAUGGGCUUCCUACUUAUGUAUGAUAUAACCAACCAGGAGUCGUUCUACGCUGUCCAGGACUGGGCAACUCAGAUUAAGACAUACUCGUGGGACAAUGCUCAGGUAAUUCUGGUUGGGAAUAAGUGUGAUCUAGAAGAUGACAGACUGGUGGCCACGGAAGAUGGGCAGAGACUAGCUAAUGAGCUAGGGUUCCAGUUCUUUGAGGCAAGCGCUAAAGACAACAUCAACGUCAAGCAGGUGUUUGAGCGGCUCGUCGACGUCAUCUGCGACAAGAUGAACGAGAGUAUGGAUGGAGAGCCUAGCCCGCUGGCAAAUCACAAGGGCCCCAGCCUGCAGGACACGCCCCCUGCUGGGCAGAGUGGCUGCUCAUGCUAAUGAUCGCUCACUCAGUGCGCAUGCAAGCACACACACACACGCAAAUGUGCACACACACACACGCAAGCACACUCCCAUAUAUGACAUACACACAAUCCUAGGCCAAUACACAGCUAUCGUUGACUAAUAUGGCUACAAAGAUAAACAAAGCUAAACAAACAUAAACACACAUACACGCGCGCACACACAAUUUUUGUCACCAUGCUCGGGCAUACACACAUGAGCAUAAACCAGUAUGAAUCUGUGGUAUGAACUGAGUUUCAGUGAGCCCCAUAAUCAAACAUGGAAGGAACGUUUGAUUCCCUUUCUCAUCACUUUCUAGUGACUAUAAAAGCCCGUCCCCUCCCAGACUUCUCCCUGUGCUUCUUGGAGCCGUUCACACUGCAGGACUGGGUGCAUUUAGCCUACUCAGUAGUAGCUGAUUAUUUGAAACAGGAGACAGAAAGCAAGAAGUAGACGGUGGGUUUUAAUGCCAAAACUCCAGGUUAAUGUGGGCUAAAUUUUAACCUGGAUUAGAUUUGUGAGAAUAUCAGGUUAACAUGCCCCAUAGCCUGAAUGUAUGAAUUGAAGGCGUUUUUCUAAGGAUUUAUGAGGGUUUUAUUUUUUGUCUAAAUGAAUUCCCAAUUGAUAUUUCCCACAGGGGUCAGUGAGUCACAGGUCAGCUGUCUGAUUACGCUGUGUGUAAGUUCUGAACAUUCUCCCCCAGUAGGCCGCAGCGCAGUAUGGUUUUGUGUACCUACCUCUAACUCCCAGUUCUGCUUCAUGAUAGACCUCACUUAAGUGUGCUGGAUUUGGCAAAUAACCUCAGGCCGUUCUGUGUGCAGCCUGUAUGUCUUUGUCUAUGGCCAGCAGAUGCCACUUUAGAGCAUUCAUCCAAUCUUGUAAAUUAGUUUUUACCCAAGCAAAAGCUCCCCUACACUGAGACACUCAAACAGCUUUUGAAUAAUAAUACCAGACUUCGCACUAAUGUAUUAACACUGCACCGCUAUACCACACGGCCAUUUUGGUUUGUAUUUUAAAUGAAGUUCACUCACUGGACUUGCUCAUCCCACUGAAUGGUCUUUUUGUUCAGUGUUAUUUUAGCUGUCUCUGGUACCAAAGCAGACUAUGACUACUAGAAAUACCUAUUUCGUCACGUACAGAAAAACUCGAUAUUUUAUUUUUGUCAAAUUCUAUUUCUCAAACGAGAAUAGUUUCACAUUACUUUCACUAAUAUAGCUCAGUGAAGUUGUUUAAGUUUAAAACACAGAGUAUGUUUACAUGCAUUUAAUAAUCCAAUAACUACCUACACUUGUGUAUUCAGAUGACGGGAACACUCUGGGUUUACACACAAGCAGCCAAUAAUCUCACAGAAUGAUGUGAUGUAAACUUCAAACUUCCUGCUGCGGAAAUUUGUAAACAUGGACCUACUUUACCGGCUAAUAUGUGCCUACGUUUAUUUAUGGUUAUUAAUAGUGUGCAAUCCUGCCCUUUAUACAACUUUUUCUAUAUUCUCUAUUGAUGCAAAGAUGGAAAUGAGCAUUUUUUCUUUUCAACAAGUGGGUGCUGUGUUUACUUCUGCUAGGCACUUCCAGGGCAGCGCGACGCUGUCCGGUUACGUUUGUGUGCGUGCGCAGACUGAGGGAUCUGAAAGAAAUCAGAGUAAUAGUAUACAUGUGCUGAGACGUCAGAUUAUUGAACUAAAAUCCAGCUCUUUAUCAGAGUUCUAAUUCUACUCCGAUCUAACAAAUUGGAGUAUGCUGUUUACACAACUACUUGAAUCAUCAGAUAACUGGAGAAAUCUGAUUAUGAUUGGAUUAUUAAAUGCAUGUAAAUGCACUGUUGGACAGUAUCACAGAGAAUGAGUCAUCGGGUCUUAGUUUUUAAAAUAUCUUUUAUCUUAUGAAAGAUGUCAACAAUUGCCACUGUUUUGGCAGAAUAUAUGUUACAUAUGUGGCUUUACCUCAACUGAGGCUUCAUGACCUUACUAACAGUAAAAUGUUCAUACAGAGCCAAGAUUGUUGUCCUGAGCGUUGGGUACCAUUGCGCUGAGAUCUAAAAUCAAAUGCUGUUCUUGUAUGAGAUAUGAUGGUGAGAGUCACUAAAGUAUUGUAUUACCAUCAGAGGAAAUUCUGUAGCUUGGCUACUCAUGAUCAGAAUCAGAGGUUUCUUGGUGACAAGUAUUGUGAAAUAGAUCAUUUCUGUUCAGCCAACAUGUUCGUAAAAGUCUGAAUGGGGUGGCAAACUUGAAAAAGAUCUGCUCAUUCUCUGGCCACUUGUUUCUCUCACUAUAUUGGUUAUUCCAUUUGGUCAAGGGAAACCUUCAAGGGAAGUUAAUUUUUUGGGAAGAUGUAAAGCAGCAAACAAUAUAGUCUAAAAUCGUAAAAUGGUUGUGUUUGUAUUUAUGUUAUAUGCGCAGAAAUAUGUUCUCACCUCUGUGUGUUACAUGUUUUUUGUCACGUCAGUGGUCUCGCUUAGAUCUAUUUACAAUUUACACUGAAUUGAUUGUCAUGUUUCAGGUAAACGUGUAGCGCAAAACCUACAGGUCAAAGAUGUGGGGUACUGGUUCAGACCAUGAAACAUAACUUUCUAAAUAUUCUGUACAUGAUAUAGACCACAUAAUAAAUAAAAGGACACAAACACAGA